AUCCUUUGAGCAGGACAGUCUGUGACCAUCGGGCCCACGCUGGCUGGCCACCACCCCCACAGGGAUUUAUUCCCAGCAGUGUUCGGGAACCUUCGGCCACCCAGGCCAUGGCCUUCACCCAGGCAUUAGCCACCACGCUGGCACUGCUCACCGGGACCCUGCCUCACAGCCUCAGUGAAAGCUUGGAGCGUAGAAAGGCCAACGGGGACAAGUGUGUCCACCACACCCAGUGCCUGAGUGACUGCUGCCUCAUAGACCUGGAAAGAAGGGGGGCCUUCUGCACCUCCAAGUCUCGUAUGGGCAUGGCGUGCUUACCCCAGACCAAGGGGACCCUGAACAUCAUAUGUCCCUGCCGAAUUGGCUUGAGCUGUCACUCCCAGGACCCCAUGUGUCCCCGCCGGUGCCAAAUGAUUUAGAGGAGGACACAGGCUGCUCGCGGUCGCUGCUGCUGCUGCUGCUGCACUCUCCCCAGGGGUCCCCUUCCCCACGUGU